AUGGCUUAUGUCUUUAUACUAAAGUUCAUUACGAAAACGAAGACAGAGCGGUCGUCUUUCAUAAUGAGAGCCAUAAUUUUAUUAUUUUUAAUAUUCUUUUUUGAUUUCCGUGAAUGCAGUCACACGUUUGUGGGCACAAGUGUAAUGAGACCACUCGUGUACAAGACCAAUGCAACCUACAGCGCCCUAACGUUCAGGAAAAGAAUAGAAUUUAUGAACUACACUAUUCCAAAAAGCGGAAAUUCUGUUAUACAGGGCAUUCUGGCCUACGAUCGGACGCGUUCCGGAGCAACCGCCAACGUAACUGAAGGAGGAAUAGGCUACAACAAAGUCAAGAUACGCAUGAAGAGCGACAGGGGAAACGAAAUCAACUAUGAGAUUUAUAUAUACGCUUGAUUACUUAAUCUAAACUUAUUUCGAUUUCGAACUACCGUCGCGAUACGUUGAGAUCGGAAUUUAUUUUAUUAUCCAUGAUUAAGAUUUUUAAAAUUUAAUAUUUAAAUUAGUAAAGAAAUUAAUUCACCAAA